AUGUAUCUGUUAGGACAGUGCUUUGCAAAGAGCGGGUCAGCCCAGCUUUGUGAAAGCUUUCAGUGUGCUGCGGUCCACAAGCACCUAGCAAGCACCCUCCCUGCCGCCAAGAUUCUGAAGAGGAAGGUCAGCUCAGCUGAAAGGACAGCAAAGGAAGGGCCCAAGAGGGGAUCAGCGAGGUUGUCAGCUAAGCCAGAUCCUGCAAAAGUGGAAAUGAAGCCAAAAAGGCAGCAGCAAAGGAUAAAUAAAUCUUCAGGCAAAAACGUGCAAAUGAAAGAGAAAAGUAGGGCAAAGGGAAAACAGGCUGAAGUGACUAACCAAGAAACUAAAGAUUUACCUGCAGAAAACAAUGAAACUAAAACUGAGAAGAGUACAGCCUCUGAUGAAGCAGGAGAGAAAGAAGCCAAGUCUGAUUAA